CCUGUGACAAUUGAAAGCCUCGCGCGUCAGCGAUCCCUCACCGUGAGCCGCGCCGCGCCGCAGCCAACAGAUGUCCGAGUCGCGCGUAGCGGUGCCCGCGUGCCCGUGUGUACGUGUGAGCGUCCCGUCGCGUGGCCCUCAAGAGAGGUCCGCAGCCGACCGCGAGCCAUCGCCGGCGUCCACAUGCUUCCGGGUGUCUCGUAGAGUCACGUGACGGGCCCUCGUGACGUCAUGCACGCUGGGAGAACCGGUUGUUGCGGCUCCGAGGAGCAAGGCGGCAGCGGCGAGCAGCGGGACAGGCGUCACCACCGGUUUCCCCGCGACGAGGUAGCGCCGUGUGCUCGCUGGUCGACUCGCGCCUCGUCCGACCUGGACGCCGCCGGCACGGAGCAGCGGAUACCGCUCCUCGAGCAGAGCGACGACGACGACGACACGGCCAAAGCCAUGGAGCUGGUGUCCUCGGCACCGGACAGUCGCAACUGGCGGGGCAUCGGCAUCGCGCUUCUGGUCAUCGCUGGGGUCUGCGCCCUCAUCGUCACCGCCGUCAUUCUGCUCACUCCCGGAGACAAGGGACCCCGCGUGAAGCAGGCCAGGAUAUCGCUCGAAGAGGUGCUCCAUGGCACGUUCAACCCGCGCAAAUUCAACGGCUCCUGGGUCUCGGACACCGACUUCGUGUACCGGGACGCAGACGGCGCGCUGGUGCUGUACAACGCUCAGAACAAGGAGAAGAGGACGCUGCUGCACAACACUACAUUCCGACAAUACGACGUGCGCAAGUAUUAUAUGUCGCCUGAUCUCAACUUCUUGCUACUUGUCCACGACGUUGUGCCCGUGUUCCGAUAUUCGUUCACCGCAAAGUACAAGAUCUAUGAUUUUUCGAACAGAGAGGUGUUUCCGCUGAAGCACAGCUCGAACCAGGAAGAACUACAAUAUGCUGCCUGGGGCCAAACUGGAAACCAGCUGACGUACGUGUUCGAGAACGACCUGUACCUGAUCCCGAGCGUGGGCGACUCGUCCCCCGUGCGGCUCACGGACACGGGCUCGCCUGGUGUCGUGUUCAAUGGCGUGGCCGACUGGCUCUACGAGGAGGAGGUUCUGGGCUCGAGCGGUGCGCUCUGGUGGUCGCCCGGCGGAAGCCGCCUCUGCUACGCCACCUUCAACGACAGCGCCGUUAGCGCCAUGAUGCUUCCACUGUACGAGGGGCAGUACCCGGCACUGUUGCCACUGCGCUACCCGAAAGCGGGAUCCACCAACCCGGAGGUUGAGCUGCACGUGGUCGCCGUCACGCACGGCGGGGCUGAGGCUGCCAAGCCCGUGCAGCCGCCGCAGGAGCUGCUCGACAAGACCAGCGAGUACUACGUGACAAUGGUGGCGUUCCUGGACGAAAAGGCGUUGCUCGUUAACUUCUUGUCGCGGGCGCAGAACUGGACGCUGGUGUCGGUGUGCCGGGAGGCCGCCUCGGCCUGGCACUGCUCCAAGCAGGCCGUCGAGACGGCCUCGGGCGGUUGGAUCGAGCUCAGCGAGCCGCCGCUCGUGACUCCCCCGCUGCCAGGGGGCCCCGCCUUCUUCCUUCGGCUGCCCGUGCAGGACGCGCACCACGGCAACUUCCGGCACCUGGCUGCCUUCCAGGACAAGCGGCGCAUGUGGCUCACGCACGGCCCGUACGACACCAUCGCCGCACUGGCGUUCCGGCCCAAGACGCAGCACCUGUUCUACCGAAGCACGCGUGAAGGCCGGCCCGGUGAGUCACACGUGUAUCAGGUGCCGUUCGACAAAGAGGGCACUCAGCCGGUGUGCCUGACCUGCGACUUGGGCGAUCAGUGCCUCUACAACAACGCCUGGUUCUCUCACGAUGCCGAGUUCUACGUGCUCGAGUGUCUCGGCCCGGGCGUGCCUUGGGUGGCACUCUACAGCACGGCCGACAAUAAGCAGCUGGAGAUGCUGGAGUCCAAUGCGGAGCUGAGAGAGCUCGUGGAGAACCGUGCCAUGCCUCAAGUGCGCAACCUUGUCGCCCCCCUACCUGACGGAUACAACGCGUCGGUGCGGCUUCUGCUGCCGCCGGGACUGCGCGACGAGGAAGUGCUCAAGUACCCGUUCCUGGUACACGUCUACGGGGGUCCCGGGUCCCAGCAGGUGACGGAGCUGUUCCGCAUCAACUGGGGCCACUACCUGGCCAGCCGCAAGGGCGUCGUCUAUGGCCUCGUUGACGGCCGCGGCUCGGGACUCCAGGGCGACCGGCGGCUGCACCAGGUCUACCGCCGCCUGGGCACCGUCGAAGUCGAAGACCAGCUCAGGGUCGCCAGGCACCUCAAGAACGAGCUGUCGUUUAUCAGCGCCGAGCACACGGCCAUUUGGGGCUGGUCGUAUGGCGGCUACGUAUCGGCUAUGGCGCUGGCCAACGGUGGCCCGGGCAACAACGGCAACGACACGCCGCAUGAAAGCGGCUCGGCUGUCUUCCAGUGCGCCAUCUCGGUGGCACCAGUCAGCAACUGGCUGUACUACGACUCCGCGUACACAGAGCGCUACAUGGGACUGCCACGCGACAACCUAGCCGGGUACGAGCGUGCAGACCUCACGCGCGCCGCCGCCAGGCUCAAGGGAAAGAAGUUCCUGCUCGUGCACGGCACAGCCGACGAUAAUGUUCACUUCCAACACUCAAUGAUGCUUGCCAAGGAACUGACCAAGAAAGGGGUUCUUUACAGAACUCAGGUGUACCCGGAUGAAAAGCAUGGCCUGAGCCACGUCACUACGCACCUGUACAAUGCCAUGGAAGAGUUCAUUGACGACUGCUUUGAGGGUUCUGACCACGCUGUGGAAGAGGUUGGCCUGAUGCAAGUGAAGGCCUCGUGAUAGUCCCUAUGCUACACAGCACCGGGGCGUCUCGUAUCUAGGACCACCCUGACUACUGGCAACAAAAGCAUCACUUUCAAUCAUUGCGUACGCUGGCCAACAGUAGCCAAAGGAAGUGAAUAAGAAGCACCCGUUGCUGCACCGGACACCUCUGGCCGCGAAUCGUCAGCAACGCAACCACCGAAUGCCUUGGCGCUCACGCUUCCCCGAUCGGACAACUACAGCACGGAGCUGUCACAGCUGCAACUGUCACCCUGGCUGCGCAGCAGUAACAAAACGCUAGUCAUGCAGCGUCAGUCCAGCUGCCGAGCUAACAUGAUGUCCGGCACAAAAAUCACUUUGCUAAGGAUACUCGUUUUUCUGUGCUAGUCUUCUGGUAGAUGUAGCUGGGCAGAAGGAAAAGUCUUAUGGUGCAGCCAACAUGUGCUCCUUGAGUUGCCACAUGAUCUUUCCCGUAUACAUUGCAUGCUGAAUUCUUCUCAACUAUUGAUUGAUGGUACUGGUGCUGCUUAAUGAAAAGACGUUCUAUAGAAGGACUCCGUGUGGAGGGAUGUUACAGGCUCUGAGAGCCAGCCUUUCAAAAAGACAAAGACAAAGAAUGCGCAGAGAAUGCGCAUGCACUGUGUAAUGUUAUGGAAUGAGCAGUCCUCAUAUGCCUGUUCAGCUUGCCAUCGUCACUUCUGUGUGGGUAACAAGUUUUGAAAUGAUCAUGGGUGCCCAGUAAUAUUGCUAAUCGCAUGUUGCGCUAACUGGAAAGGCGUUAAGAUAAUGCUACCUAACUACAGAAUAAGACUGUCUCUGUGCUUAAGCGAAAUUUACUGAGGCAUAAUGGUAUUGGCGUUCAUAUCUAACUGUUUAUUAUCCUCAAAACAGGGGAAUAAAUGUAACGACACUAGGCUAUUUUACAUUUUAAACCUAGUAUGAGAGAACAUAGCCAAAAUGAUUUAUGAGAAAACAAAUGACUCAUCUCGCUCGCUUUCUAAGUUCACACGGUGGCAGUUUUUCAAAAUCAUCCUUGUCCGGGCCGAAUUCACUCCUUCAAUUCGCAUCCCUACUAUAUCAUAGAUGGCGGCACGCAGCAAGACCGGCAGGAGACGCCCUGUGCGAAAAACCAAACUGUUCUCUUCAACAUUUGUGUACAUGGACGCUCCCACUCACACUUGAGAGUCAUAUCUGCACAUUUGCAUCUCAGAGAGUUUUUUUUUCAUAUAUAAGUGAAAGAUAAAGAUGCAUGCAUAUAAUUAAUCAUUUUUAUCACUAGCAUAGACUUCCAUUAGACCUUCAUGUAUAUAGACAUCACAAACUUAACGACUUGCUCUAUUCUUGAUCAAUUCUAUAGUUUAUGCCCACGUUUAGGAUUUUUCAGCAUUUUACAAGAAGCUUGGCAAGAGAAAUGUACAUAGCGAUUAUCAAUAGCUGAUAUAGAAAGCAAGCCCAACCCUCUAGUUGCCAGACUUUGGCACUGAAAUUAUUACUGACCAGUUUCUAAUCGAUUAUCUGUUAGCCUCAGUCUUUCCUUUAUUUUUCUCCUAUAUGUCUUAAAGCAAAAGUAUGACGAUGAAACUAUUCAUCACUUUUACUUUUUUUUCUCUCUCUCUUUCUUUGUUCUCUAUUGAGUGGCAACUGUUGCUUUCUAUUUCACUUCAUUUUUCGCACUGUAUAGAGACCCACCACCUCAAGCACUCUACGUAAUGGAGCUAGAGUCCAAAGUGGCUUUUUACGUGUAAGCUUUUGCUUUAAGGUGUGAAUGACUCUGGCUCUGUUCACGGAAUAAUGGAACUUGCUCUCGCAAAAAAUAGUAAUAAUAAAUAGGAGUAAAAGAUAAAAAAAAUUCUGAGGAAUGGAUUUUCUAUCCACCUGGCGGCAAGCAGACGUUUUAAAACUAGCAGUUUUUUUUUUCUUUCUUUUUUUUGCAAUCAUAGUACAAGCACUAUAUUUAUUACAUUAGUGUGAGUUUACAAGUCUAUAUGUCUUCGAAAAGCCACAGGUGAGAUGAACUAAACGUCAAUGUGGACGUAAUUACACAACUUUUUUUUAUUUGUUACAAAACAUGGACGUGUGGAAUAUUCACUGCAACGUUUCAGUAUUCAUUCAGUAAAGGCUAGCACUUACCUGUGAGCUAGGUCACUUACACGUCAGGUUGAGGAUUGUUUUGCAACUAGCUGGUAUUUUUAAGACGUCUUAGUUUUGAUGUUUGCUAGCUCCCUCUAUAGAUAGUGUGUUAAUUAUUUUUUCCUGCCAGCUUUUAUCCUCUCCGCGUAGGAUUGAAAAUGCUUGCUGCUUUUUCAAUGUGCAAAUCACAUUUUUGCAAGCGCAUAUUUCGUCGGACCUUAUAUUCACAUGAAUUAGCAAUUCUGUCCUGGUCUUUAUUUGCCUCAGCCGACCACGGGCGUUGUUAACAUAAUCUGUAACUUUCGUGUUCUUGACGUACCACCAACAUUUUAUUUAGCCAGGUCUAAGUCUUUAAUUCUUGUGCACGCCAAUAAUGCGGCUACUGAUUUCCACGAAUUACCGCACACACUACCGCCAGCCCUUCAUGUAAUCGGCAAAAUGUGCAUGGCCAAAAGUAAGAAAGUGCAUACAUGAGAGGACGCAUCGAGUAUCUGCCCGCACUUUUUGUUUGUUUUGAUCCUUUAUUAAUUUUGUUAGAAUGGAAUGUUGACAGUAACGCUACUCAAUCUAGGAGAGGCAAAUGCCGCGUUAAACUUGGCCGCAGAUGGACGAUCAUACGAAUGUAUUAGUGCACUUCGUGCGGUUAUUGUGUGGUUUAGUGCGCCUCGUGUAACGCAGCCAUUUCAUUCAGUGCCAGAGCAACUGUGAUGUGGAAGCAAUUGCUGAUAUAUGUGAUACAUUAUUCUUCUUUCUCUCUUGACUUUUUAUUUUCUAGGAUAUAUUUAAUGUGUACAUACCACAUAGCCUCUCACUAGAAGACCAUACGACACGAUUGACAGCCAGUUAUUUCGUCGACAUCUAUGCAGCAGUAGUGUGUACAACAAUUUUCAGCACACGCUGUCGAUAUGGGGGAAGCUCUCGUCUGCAAGGAACUGGCGGGCCAAUUCCUUUUUCUUACCCUUCCCGAAGGUCAAGCACACCCUCCUCCCAUAGCCGCUUGCCCUUCACGUUUUUCACUUGCCAGGACAAAGCCCCGUUUAUUUCGCGCAGGAAAAGCAAGUCAGGAAGCAAGGGUUGCCUGCGAGCGUAGGCCUUUUGUUGACGCUUUUCUAGAAUGCUCCCCUUUCGAGUGCCGCGGUCCAUGCUUAGCGCGAAGCCCCCCCCCCCCCCUUCCCUACGCCCCCGGCUCCGCUCCCAUCGCAGAAGCUGUUCCGCGCACCAUCUGCGGCCAUGGCCACUUGUUUCCUCCUUUUCUAAUAAAAUCGCUGGCGUCGUCGCAUCGUCGCUUAGCGUCCUUAUUACUGAUAGCGGCCGAAGCCUUUCACUGUCGAGCUAGCAGUCCCUUCUCCAGGGCUAUGACCUAGGGUGCCUAGGGCAGCAGAUUGUAUACAGCAGUUAUGUACAUAGAACCUCUUUGAGGCCUCCGGUCUAGCGUCCCAAUGUUUUCACUUGCCAGGCUGCUAUCGCGUACAGUCGGGCCCGGGCGAGAAAUCAUCCUCACGAAAUACUCUUGGUAUGGACCCUGUAGCUAAGGCCUUGCUCUCGAGGUUUCAUAGACCCUAAGGUGCUCUCCGCUGAUGAUGAUACGCCGGCCCGACAUAUAGUGCUCAACGGGCCCAGGGUGCUGUCGCGCUCUGCAGGCAAGAAUGUGUGCCGGCCGGCAAGUCAAGAGAAACACGGCAGGACUGAACGAGCUUGACAACGGCUGUCGAGGCGCUGUGCGCAUUUUGUCGCUGCUACCAUCUGCAUAUCUCAAACCUUACGCGUGCAGCACAUGAAUCAGUGAAAAUGAGAAAAAAAAAACACGCACUUGUUCUUUGAUGCUUUGCAAUACUAUUCUGGGAAAAAAAGAAAAAAAAAAGAACUCACGAAAGAAUUCCGUGCGAUUAUAAACAAGUGAAGUUGUAGCUUUGUUAUAGCUUAAGCCAUUAACAAACGUUUAUCCUCAGGACUUGCCCUCCUGUGGAAUCUUCUCAAGGCUACAUUCUUUAGAAUCAUCUUAUAAGCCUUCUCCAGUAUACACUUUUCACUAAUCCGAUAUUCCAUAGACAUAAUACCUUCCAUAGUUUCGUGCAAGGUAUCUGCUGCAAUCUUCUGUUCAAUGGCAGCGCAUAGUUGAAACGGCUAGAAUGCUGAAUAUAGAAACUAAGCAUCCCAGACUAAAGGUACAGUGGCAGCAUGGGUGGCUCUGUUAUAUUCAGCCGCCACGUGCUUUUUCGGAAAGAACCCUUGCACGACACUCAGCAUCAUUGUUGAGAGCAUGAAAUAAAGAC